GGGGGGGUUGGAGUUAUGAUGAGGUAGCUCAAGUGGCCAUAUGAGACGGAGGUGAUAUUGCAGACGAUAGCUUCAUCGACAAAAGUCGAUUAUAGAGCUCGUGAACAUGCUCCGGAUGAUGUGAGAGCCUUGGCUAGUAGUAAGAUAUGCGGGGCCGAAGAAUGAACGAAGUCGCUGGACCUUUCAUGUCAUUUCGGCGCGUCUGGACGCGGUCGGAAACGAAAUGCCGUUCAAGCGGUAAUCUUCAAUCUUGCACUCACUCCUUUCCGCCAGCUCGCGCUGAGAAGACUCAUCGUGCUUCGUAGCCGUCUUCCGGCUACUCGGCCUGAUGCCUCCUGCCCUAGAGUCCGUACAGCGCCGGAAAUCAGCAUUGUCGAUCAGACCGUCUCCCAAGGUACCGACCGCGGCGCUACUCCUCUGCGCAUUGGCAUGCUGCAUUUGUUUGCCGGUCAGCGAGACCAGAGUAGAGGGCCACGGUCAUGAGAUCUUGACCGUUCUAGCUUAUUGGAGCUGGAGGCUCAGUGAAACGAUUAGACGAGGGCGAAAGACUGCCGGCGAGAAGAAAAGUGUCAAGUCGACUCACCGUCAUGCGCUGUCAACUAUCUGUCUUGGGCUAGGCGCUGUCGCCUUGGUGCUAUCGCUGGCACAUGCUGGACCGCUGAGGACCUUGGUCUUUGUUGGAAGUCUAACCUUUAUACCGAUAGCUUCUCCUACAGUUAAUAAUUGGACUCGAUCCAUACCUGGCCUCGCAGCAUUGGUUGCUAUAGUGGUACAACAAUUCCUUGAGGAUCCUUUCUCCCUCUUCCCCUUGCUAGCUCUGGGAUUCACCACGCUUGUGGUCAGAUGGGGCCAGAUUGGGCGAGGUUCGAAGCUGGACUCUCGCUCCCGCAGAAUAAUCCUCUUACAAUCGGCGGGUGUAUCUGCGGUAUCCCUUGCCGUGCUUUAUGUUCUGGGAUGGGUUUCAUUACCUUCUACGGAGCACUUGAGCGGUCGAAGCACAAUAACUCAUAUGCUGCUCGCGUGCUUCCUGGCCCGCUACCUUCCUAUCGGCCGGCUCUCCCUCGAUGGUUCCAUCGAAUCGCCAUUUACGAGCCCACAGCAAGGACCAGUCGUCCUCGUCGCUGUCACCGCGAUUCAAAGCCUGGCUCUACCUCCAACUCCUUCCUAUCUCGAUUUCUUUGCGGUGAUUCCUCUGUAUCUGAUCGGUGCGUGGCUGGCCUCAGGUGUCGCGCGUCGCCCAUCGCUUGGAUCUCGAUCGUAUACCCCUACGCAGCUUGCUACAAAAGCACGGUGGACGAUCACCGGAAUCUUGCCAGCUUCUUGGCGACCGCACUUUGAGACUAUUCUACGGACGCCCACAUCUUCUAAAAUCUUCUACUUCCUUCUACUGAAUCUGGCAUACAUGGCCGUUCAGAUGGUAUACGGCGUCUUGACUAAUUCGCUCGGUCUCAUCUCUGAUGCUAUUCAUAUGCUGUUCGACUGCCUAGGCCUCGCCGUUGGCUUAUGGGCAUCAGUCGCUGCCACCUGGAAGCCUGAUGGCAGGUAUACCUAUGGCUACUCUCGUGUAGAAACGUUGAGCGGCUUUGCGAAUGGAUCGUUCUUGAUCCUGAUAUCCAUCUUCAUCAUUUUCGAAGCUAUCCAGCGAAUUAUGAAUCCGCCGGAGAUCAGCACCCACCAGCUCCUGCUUGUUUCCACUAUCGGUCUACUCAUUAAUUUGUGGGGAAUGUAUGCCACUGGAGGUCAUCAUCAUCAUGGGCAUAGUCACGGUCAUUCGCACGAACAUGUCCCAUUGCCCGUUAACGAGAAGAAGGUCGACCAUCGACACGAGAGUCAUCAAAGUCAUGCCACGCGCGAGCACUCGCUGGCGCACGCUCACUCUCAUGGAACGGGUGAUUCACGCCAUGAUCACUCGAAGGACCGUGCCCAUAGUCGACGACAUGAUCAUCACGAUCACGAUCACGAAAACCACGACCACGACCCACACGAUCUCCAGUCUUGCCAUCACUCGCAUGAUGCCCACACUCACGAUCACAGUCAUUCGCACGAUCACGACCACCACGGCCACGGUUCACAUGGCCACUCUCACAGCCACAACAUGCGUGGUGUUUUUUUACAUGUACUGGCCGAUACACUGGGCUCUGUUGGCGUUAUAGUCUCCACUAUCCUCAUCCGGUUCACAGGCUGGACAAUCUUCGACCCUUUGGCGAGCUUGUUCAUCGCUGGGCUAAUCAUGGCAAGCGUGAUCCCCCUCGUUAUUGAUUCUGCCAAAGUUUUGUGCUUAGACGUGGGAGCCGAUGUGGAGCGCGAUGUCAGGGCAGCGUUGAGCGAGUUGGCCUCGGUGGAGGGACUGUCCAAUUACUCGACACCGCGAUUCUGGCCUACCUGCGAAGGGGAGGUAAACGGGUCGAUCCAUAUUCAACUUGCCCCAUCCGCAUCAUCUCACGAUCCAUCAAAAGGCCUCAGUUUCACUCCUCGAAUGGCCCGUCCUGGUGACACCAUUUACGCGAAUUCCGACAAGGUGGUCCACAGGAUUGAACGCGUUCUGAGAAACAAGAUAAAGGGUCUCAGAGAGCUUGUCGUCCAGAUCGAAGGCUCUGAAGAGCGCACCUUUUGUAGCUGUAUGACGGGUGGUACAUAGGUGACGGAGAGGAUGCAUUCCGUACCGGAAUCUGUAC